AUGGGCUUGGCCGCCGAGGAGGCAGCCGUCUCCACCAAUGUUUACUGGCUGGACCUUGUGAGGAUCGAGCCAGAGUUCGGAGGGUUCGUGGACCGCGGUCUGGUCGUCCCGCCCAACGGUACGUACAACCCCGAUAACCGCUCCGUCCCCGCCAGCACCUUCAUGAUUUUCUCCGUCGACGGCGCCAUCACGACCGGGUACGCCGGCGGCAUCACUCUCCUCGACAGGAGUUACCUCGGCCCCGGUCAGAUCGUCGGGUCGGCGUCAAACCUCGGCGGCCAGAUCGGCGUAGUCACCGCCGCCAACACUGUGCUCGACUUGAUCGAGCUCGGCGAUCCAACGGCGGCGGCCGUCCGAGCCGUGUUGCCGUCUGACCUGCGGCGCGUCAGGGGGCUCAGCCUUGGCGACUACGUGGUGUCCGGGCUGUGGCUCGGCCGGGUCGUUGAGGUGUCCCUCGACGUCGACGUGUUGUUCGACGACGGCGCCGUCUGCAGGAUCACCGACGCGGAGUCGAAGAAGCUACAGUCGGCGGAGAAGCAGGCCCGUUACCGCCCUCAGACCAACACCCGGUUCUACCCGGGACAGCGCGUCACCGGCGACCCGUAUGCCGUCUUCAAGGCCUCCCGGUGGCUUUACGGCCACUGGAAACCCAGCCGUCAGCUGGGCACCAUAUGCAGAGUGGAGAUGGCCGGCGUUCUUGUCUACUGGCUCGCGUCGGCGCUCUGCGGCACCGACCGGCAACUCGUCCAGGAGUCCGCUCCUCCGGCCUACCAGAGUCCUCGGAACCUGACGCUCUUCUGCCCGGCGUCCGAUUGCGCGUGGGGCGUGGCCGACCGCUGCUUCCUCCGGGAACCACCAAUUUCUAGCCAAGCCGAAAACCACGCAUGUUCACCCGAUGAUGGCUACAGUUCGGACGAAGAACUGGACGAGUUGUGGCCGGCGGCUGAUGAUUGCCAUGCGCCAUCAUCCACUCAUACAAUAAUCCGAAGUAAGAAGCGGAAUCAGCUGAGGAAAUUUUUGUUCGUGCGGCACAGGCGGACGCGGCGAGAAGCUUGGAAGAAGACGGAGUUGGAGCUGCCCAUGAGCGUUUCCGACACGCGCACAACCGUCGACGUGCUGUGGCAGGACGGCACGGUGCAGCAUGGCGCGCCAUCGACGUCCGUCGUGCCCUUUGAGAUCAUGAACGAGCACGAGUUCUUCCCUGGCCAGUACGUUGUCGAUAACCACAGUGCUACCACUACCAAUGAUGACACUGCCCAACGCUUGGGUGUCGUUAGAAGCCUGAAUUGCAAGGACCAGACAGUGCAUGUGUCUUGGUUCAAGGCGGCGGCGUGCGUCGAGGAGGCCAGAGAGGUCGAGUGCGAUGAUACUGUGAGUGCAUAUGAUCUGGGCAGAGACUAUAACCACCGUGCUUUCUACGGUGAUGUCGUCGUCCGCCUUCUGUCUCCAGGACUAACUGACAAUAAAUGUGCAACUCUAGUGCAACAACCACUGACUCGAGGUCACAAAAACAUAGCCGUGGCGUCUGAUCUUUCAUGGGUUGGGCGCGUUGUUGGCCUUCCAGACGGUCAAGUCCAAGUUAUAUGGGGUGACGGUAGCAUGUCAACGGUGUUGCCAGAUGAGAUCAUAGUCGUCAAUAAUGAGAGCUAUACAGAACUGCACGCUGAAAUGGGCGACUGGUUGGAGGACAACGGCGCCGAUGAUGCACACGGAGAACUGGAUGCUGUCAAUACUGACAACUACCAUCCUAACCAAGGAGAACAUGGCAACAUGGAAGGCCCUGAUGAUCUUUCAAAUGAAUUCGGGCGUGCUACCACUUGGUCGUGGGGCUUGAGUGCUGUCGUCCGAUUAGUCACCCGAUUGGCAGCCGAAACGUUGGCUCAAGGCAAGAGGUAUUUAGCAAAGUGGUCGCUGCCAUCAAUAUCAGAGUCACCUAUGGCGGGUGAAAACGUCGAAGUGUCUAUACCUGUCUCCAGUACUGCGGUGACAAGCAUGGAUGCAACUGCCGGUAGUCACGACUCUCCGGAUGAGGGCGAGAAGGCCACAGAUGCCACUGGUGAUGGUGGCGAUCCGUUUCGCUUGUCACGGUUUGAUAUAGUGCAGAGCCCAUCAGAUCACCAUUACCUUGAAGCCAUUAACUCGCAGGACGGCGGCAAUGAAAAGAGGUGGGUUAAGACCGUGCAGAAGGAAUGGAAAAUACUAAUGAAUGACUUACCAGGUACCAUCUAUGUGCGUGCAUUUGAAGAUCGCAUGGACUUGCUCAGGGCGGUGAUUGUCGGGCCAAGUGGGACCCCGUAUCAGGACGGGCUAUUCUUUUUCGACUUGCAACUGCCGCUGUCCUACCCGGCCGCACCACCGCAAGUUUACUACCAUUCAUUUGGUCUCCGCCUCAACCCCAACCUAUAUGCCUCCGGCACUGUGUGCCUUAGCCUGCUCAACACUUUUGGUGGUGAUGGCACCGAGGUCUGGUCCCCGGCGACGUCAACCCUCCUUCAAGUCCUCGUGUCCAUCCAAGGCCUGGUCCUCAAUAACCAGCCAUACUACAAUGAGGCUGGCUACGAAGACCUGGUUGGCACGCCAGAGGGCCGCCGCAAUACGCUGCCUUACAACGAGAAGGCAUAUUUGCUCACCCUAUGGGCCAUGCUCCACCUGUUACGUCGCCAACCGCAGGGAUUCGAGGAGUUCAUCAAGGACCACUUCCGUCACCGGGGAAGAUUCGUGCUUAGGGCAUGCGAGGCAUACCUUCAAGGAUGCAUCGUCGGAACGCUCACUAGUGAUGCCAGCCCCACCGAGGAGAAUAGUGAGCGGCCGUGCUCGGCAGGGUUAAGGCUUGCACUCACCAACGUGGUGCCAAGCCUCAUGGAGGCAAUAAGAGAAGUUGGGGCCGAGGUGUAA